UCUAUAUAGGCUAUUCGUUUAUAAUAUAUAUCUUGUAUACUGUGGUAUUGUAUUUUGGAUUCAACAAUAGAGUUCAAAACGAAAUGGAAUUAUACUCACUUGUUCGAAUUCUUGCAUUCGUGCAUGUUGCUUUGAACCGUGGUGAAGCACGUCACCACUCUGCUGAGAUCAUCCAACGUCCUGAUGACGUCAUUGGGGCUGAUUGCGGCAAGGAGAUACGAGUGACGUGUAUGGCUCGAUCACGUGACGAACCAAAGAUAACACGACCCACGCCAGACAUUGAAUGGUGGUUUAAGGAACAACAGGAGUCUAUGACGUCACAAUCACGAAAAAUACACCGACUGGACAGAGAAGAAAGAGUAAAAAUAUUAGUGGAGGUGUUCACAGUGGUCAAAAGUACCUUGAUAAUCAAGGAUGCGCAGCCAGGCGACGAAGGCGUAUAUCAGUGCAGAGCAAGUAAUAGUCCUAACCGUUAUAAAGAGGGAGUUAAUUUGUACCAGCACUGGAAAAUCGAAGAGGCCCCCGUGACUAAUAUGAAGUGUGGAGAAGCUACUACAAUAGCAACAACAUUCGCGGAUGUCGCACCUACGUCAUCUUAUAACAGGUCUGUAAUAAGUGACGUCAUUAACCUUGCAAUGACGUCAAUACCUAACAUCAAGAAAUCUAAUGAUAUAUACGAAAAGCAAGAACCAGAAACGCCAAAUCGAAGGAAGGUUCGCCCAAUUAUUAAUCGACCACCACGGAGAAGCACAGCACCAAAUAAUACAACCGGUAGAGGGACAGGUUCCACAUUUCAUCAAAGCCUGCAUGUCCUGCUUUCGUCUCUUAUCUUCUUAUCUUGUAUUGUGACGUUAUAAAGCAUAUGUUUAUCUUCCGAUGGAUUGUAUAACAUAAUCACUGUGAUCAAACAAUGCGGCCAUCAGACACGCCCCCGGAAUGUAAAACCCAGAGAGGGAUUACCGAAAUCGCCCUCACUAAUGGAUAUUUCAAGGACAGACACCGCCGCAACAAUACCGAAAAGACGAAUUGCAUUUCGGCGUUUUAAAUUAGAAAAUCUGUCAGUUUAGCGGUUUGGUCUUUUGAAAAAUGUUGUUUGAUGUUGGGUGAAUUUGAAACCAAAGUUCAGAUCGCACAAUUUUGAUAAAAAUUUAUUCUGUUAUUUUCCUGUUUCAAUCAUGUUGAUAUAUUGCUUGAAAUAAAAUUUCUUUCAUGAUUGAUAC